AGGUGGCGCCACUGCGCACUUGUUGACAUACUAGAUAAGUGUUACGAGAGAGAAAUAAAAUAUUUGUGUACGUUGAUGAUGAGUGGUGCAUGUUAAACGUUCCCACCGACACAACAUCUUUUCUCAAUGUGUGUGAGAAUCACACAAGGUGACAAAUGCAGUUGCCCACAACACUGUUGACUUUCCUCAUUUUUGUGGCCACUCUUUGGACCAAAUCAGGUGGACAUGCACAGACAUAUGGGAUGGAUAACAAGGCGACAUGUCUGGCUGAUGGGAUACAGAUGAAGUAUAUAGAAGAUGGCAACAGUGCAUCAGUUGUUGGCAAAAACACUUUAGUCAUACAGCAGGCUACAACCAAAGUUUGCAAGAUAAAGUUCAAGCCUUUAUCUAAGAAAGGCAGAGACUAUCUGAGCCUCAAGUUUGAGAGUUUCUACAUCAACAACUGUGGCAUCACCCUGACUAUAGCUCAGUCCCCUGACAGCACGUUUGAGCAGGAUGUGGCCAAACUGGUGCACUUACAGUGUGAACAGGCCAGCCCAAGAAUUCUUUAUGCUAAGAAAGAUUACACAGUUCAGAUCACACUCUCCAGGGAGGAUAUUUACCUGAGGAAUUAUAAUUUCAGAAUAAAUGUUUCUUUAUCAGAUGGUCCACCCAAAACAGGUCCAAGUGUUGCUGUCAUUAUUGGAAUAUCAGCCGCACUUAUUGCUGUCAUCGCAGUAAUUGCUUUCAUUCUUAUCAAAUACAUACGUUUGAAAAAUUCUGUCCUGCGAGACAGGCGAGCUGAGCGAGCCAUAGAGUCAGCCUUGUACAUCUACAACUCUCAGGAGCUGGAUCGGCAAGACAUGGGACUAAAUACACCCGUGCCAGGACAGACACUGGAGAAUGGUGCUAACACUCAUACAGGUGCUCACCGGAAUGGCGGUGUUCAUAGCACCAACUCGCAGGAUGAGAGAAGAUCACUGUUGACAGUAAACCAGAACAAUUCACGAACUAAUGGCCAUAUGCCCCAGUCAAUAGACGUGGAUGUGAUCCCUCCAGAAUACUGCACUGAGAGUAAAGGUUCACUGGACUUGGAGGGAGACAUGCCACCAUCUUAUGAAGAAGCUCUUGAAAUGCCAAAACCACCUGAUUCUCCGAUUUAUGCCAACGCCUAGUGCAGUUCUGUUUAACGGUGUUAUUUAAAGACUGUGCUGCAUGAGACUAUGUUGUUCACAGUUUUAAGUUUGACAGAUGAUAUCAGAUGAGGAAGCUCGCAUGCACACCUGCUAGUUGCCAGCACCAAUAUCAAAUUCAUUCUGGCAGCAAAAUAUUCAAUGAAGAGUUGUGAAAUGUUGAAUAUUUGUCCAUCAAUACCAACAACAUUCAUUUGCUAUUUCAGUAAAGAUUUGCAAACUUUAACAAGCUGUGACAAACUACAUAUCCUAGUCCUGAUUGUGUGGCUGCAGUGGCCUUGCAAACAUGUGUUUAAUCAUUCCUUCAAAGGUACUAAUGCCUGUUCAUGUAUUUUUGUUUUAUUUCCUCUUGGUGGGUACAGAUGUUUGUUUUGUUUGGACUGAAUACUGCUCUCCAGUUGGUAAUGAUGCAGUUGGCUUAACUACUUGUCUGAGUAUGUCUGUAGUGGAUAAGGCUCAAUAUGUUCUUCCAAGUAAAUGAUAUGAAAAGGUGUUCCUUAUGCAUCAGAAUAACUAGAUUCACAACUGUGUGUGUGUAAUACUUAGUCCAGCAUAUGCUCUUAAAAAGUCAUAUAUUUGUACCAACAUUAUCUUAGCAUCACUGGUCGUUAUAGCCGCACACAAUAAGCUUAGGAGGUGCUCACAUUUAUCAUUAUUCUGACUCCUGUCAGUAGUCUGUUUAAUGUGAUUAUUUGAGCUCCACUGCUGCAAAGGGUUUUGUCAAGCAAAUACUUAAGACUGAUGUUGAAGACUUCAUAAUUCAUGUAGUCCUAUAUGGCUUUGAGGGAUUUGUGUCACCUGACAAGAUAACAUUGAAGGUCAAGA